AGAGCUCGCGAGGCGAGCGCGCAACCUGUCCGCACAGCGCGCGAGGAGGAGAGAGCCGGUGCCGAAAAUACUCUUAUUAUUAUUCUAUGAAAACGGACCUUUUCAGGCACAGCACGUUCUUGAAGGAUAUAUUAUACUUGAAUUUUCUUCUUUGUGCGCGCAAGGUGUCUGUAGAAGAAAUAUCGGGAUUUGAGGCAGGAGCUGCUGAACUGAGGAGGAUUUUAUCCUGUUUCACUUCUGAGGAGAAAAUAGUCUCAGCUGGUGCCAACGACCAGAGAAAAUACAGAAACGACACUAACAGAUGAGGAGCUGAAGAGUCUCACUAAAUGGUAGCGUGAGCGUGUAGUGAUCCAGCAGGAGUUUAGGAACCCCUGCGGUGAGUGCCAUCCACGAAUCAUGGUGCCACAUACCCGACAGGCCUCUCCUCGCGGCAGAGCCUCGUCCCUCCUGCUGCUGCUCUGCCUGGCGGUGCCAAUCCAUGCAGACAGCACGCCAAGUUUCAUUAAGACUCCUGAAGAUCAGACAGGGAUUUCAGGAGGGGUGGCAUCCUUCGUGUGCCAGGCGGUCGGAGAGCCCAAACCACGAAUCACCUGGAUGAAGAAGGGCAAGAAAGUCAGCUCUCAGCGCUUUGAGGUAAUAGAGUUUGAUGACGGCUCAGGCUCCGUGCUGCGGAUCCAGCCAUUACGGACACAUCGAGAUGAGGCUAUUUACGAGUGCACAGCUACCAACAGCGCUGGAGAAAUUAACACUAGUGCUAAACUCACUGUAUUGGAAGAGGACCAGAUUCCUCACGGCUUCCCCACCAUAGACAUGGGCCCGCAGCUGAAGGUGGUGGAGCGAACGCGCACCGCUACCAUGCUCUGUGCCGCCAGCGGGAACCCCGACCCGGAGAUCACCUGGUUCAAAGACUUCCUGCCUGUCGACAUUAACAGCAGCAAUGGACGAAUCAAGCAACUCCGUUCAGGUGGUACACCAAUCAGAGGGGCUCUGCAGAUCGAGAACAGCGAGGAAUCGGACCAGGGCAAGUAUGAGUGUGUGGCGGUGAACAGCGCAGGAACACGCUACUCCGCUCCUGCCAACCUCUACGUCAGAGACCAGCGGGAAGUCCGGCGAGUUCCGCCACGUUUCUCAAUCCCACCUACCAAUCACGAGGUGAUGCCGGGCGGCAGCGUGAACCUCACCUGCGUGGCGGUGGGCGCUCCCAUGCCCUAUGUGAAGUGGAUGAAGGGGGAACAGGAACUCACUAAAGAGGAGGAGAUGCCCAUUGGCAGAAAUGUGCUGGAGCUCACCAACAUCCGGCAGUCGGCUAACUACACCUGUGUGGCCAUAUCUUCCCUGGGUAUGAUCGACACCACGGCUCAGAUCACUGUCAAAGCUCUGCCCCGCCCUCCAACCUCUCUGAUCGUCACGGAAACCACCGCCACCAGUGUAACUCUAACAUGGGAUUCUGGCAACCCCGAACCCGUAUCCUACUAUGUGAUUCAGUACAGGGCCAAAGUCUCAGACAACGGCUUCCAGGAAGUAGACGGAGUGGCGUCAACACGCUACAGCAUCGGUGGCUUGAGCCCGUACUCUGAGUACGAAUUCCGCGUCAUGGCGGUCAAUAACAUUGGCCGCGGGCCGCCGAGCGGGACGGUAGAGACCCGGACCAGUGAACAGGCGCCCUCGUCUCCUCCGCUGCGCGUUCAGGCCCGGAUGCUGAGCGCCACGACCGUGCUGGUGCAGUGGGAACCUCCAGAGGAGCCCAACGGACAGAUACGAGGAUAUCGAGUGUACUACACGCCCGACAUGCACUUCCCGCUCAGCACAUGGCAGAAACACAACACAGAGGACAGCAGCCUGACCACUAUCUCCGGCCUGGUACCUGACAUCACGUACGGCCUGCGCGUGCUGGCCUUCACCUCUGUGGGAGAUGGGCCGCCCUCGGACAUACUGCAGGUUAAAACACAGCAAGGAGUGCCGGCGCAGCCCACUAAUUUUGAAGCAGAGGCAGAGCUCGACACCCGGAUAAUGCUGUCAUGGCUGUGGCCCGUCCAGGAUCAGAUCACCAAAUAUGAGCUCACAUACUGGGAGGCCGGCACUGACAACAAGCACCAUGUCAUCUUUAAUCCUGCUGGUUCAUAUGCUGUUGAAAGCCUGAAGCCAGACACACUCUACAAGUUUACUCUAGCCGCACGCUCUGAGAUGGGACUCGGGGUGUACACACAGCCCAUAGAGGCUCGGACGGCCCAGUCCACCCCGUCCGCCCCCCCACAGGAAGUGCACCUGAUCAGCCUCAGCUCCACCAGCAUCAAGGUGAGUUGGGCGGCUCCUCCAGCCGCCAGCCGCCACGGCAACAUCGUCAGGUACUCUCUGGCCUAUCAGGCGGUGUCAGGCGAGGACCAGCAGCGUCACGAGGUCAAGGACAUCCCCGCGGAUGUGUCCAGCUACGUGCUGGAGGGGCUGGAGAAGUGGACGGAGUACGUGGUGUGGGUCAAAGCGCACACAGACGUGGGGCCCGGCCCAGAGAGCAGCAGCACCCGCGUCAGAACCAAAGAGGACGUGCCUGGCGCCCCUCCACGCAGGGUUGAGGUGGACAAUGUGAACUCCACGGCCCUGCGGGUGUCCUGGAAGCCUCCUCUGCAGCAGAAGCAGCACGGACAGAUCCGCGGCUACCAGGUGGUUUACUCACGGCUGGAGAACGGAGAGCCACGCGGACAGCCCAUCAUACUGGACGUGGCCUUGCCCGAGGCACAG